AUGCAUAGAAGAAUUAAAGAAGGAGCUUUAAAAGCACAUACAAAUGCAAUCAAGCCGGAUUUAACCGAUGAGAAUAAGAAAACAAGGUUAGUAUUUUGUUUGUCAUCGGUUACUAGAUCUUUGUCAAAUGGUAGUCCUGUAUUUCAUGAUAUGUUUAAUGUGGUUCACAUAGAUGAAAAAUGGUUUUAUUUGACAAAACCAUCUAAACGUUACUACCUUGUCCUCGAUGAGGAUGAGCUGUAUAGGACAUGUAAAUCGAAAAAAUUUAUCACCAAAGUAAUGUUCCUAGCUGCAGUUGCACGACCAAGAUAUGAUUCAUCAGGUAAAGCAAAAAGGUCGAGUAAGAAUCACGUUGCUGGAACGUUAGAAACAAAACCAAUCUUAUCGGUGACUAAAGAAGUAACGAGGAGUUGGUUAAUCGAGAAAGUACUACCGGCUAUUAGAUCUACAUGGCCAGGAAAUCAUACGGGUCCAAUUUACAUUCAACAAGACAAUGCCAAGCCCCAUAUAGAUGUCAAUGAUGCGGAGUUCAAGCUCGAGGCGUCUAAAGAUGGGUUUGAUAUCCGACUAGGUUUUCAGCCUCCAAACAGUCCCGAUUUAAAUGUAUUAGACCUUGGCUUUUUUCGGGCGAUUCAAUCUCUUCAAGAACAAGAAGUUUUAGGUUUAAUUGAUGAGUUGGUUAGUGCUGUUAAAUCAUCUUUGGAAAGAAUGCCAUCGCAUGAGCUUAACAAAGUGUUCUUAACUUUACAAACAUGCAUGAAAGAGAUCAUGAAAGUUCGAGGUGGGAAUAAUUAUAAGAUACCGCAUAUCGGCAAAGGUAAGUUAGAACGACAAGGGAAUUUACCUUUACAAAUCGAGUGUGAUGAGAACUUGAUAUAUGAAGCCCUUUCGUAUUUGUCUCAUGGUCAUGAAGAAAAAGUUACUCCAAAUCUCCUUGUUCUUAAGGAAAAGAAAGAAAAGGAGUUAGUUAUGGAGGAAAUGAAUAGUGUUUUAUCAUUUGUGGAGCAUUCUUAUUGGCAGAGUUGGACGGUUGUUUACACCUCUUUCUUUCCCCAACCUCAUAUUCUCGAUCAGAAUACCACCUGGUUCACCGAAUUUUCUCCUCCACCAUCUGCUUUCCACCUCCCACCAGAUCAACAGGUUUUUCUCUUUGUCAUGAAAACCCUCUGCCAAGCGUUCGAGUCACUUAUCGUUGAAGCCGUAGGUGCUGUUUAG